AUGAGUCAUGCCCCGGCUGCUGCUCGCACACGCUCGACCACAAAGUACUCGUCACUGGUAAGUGCCGGCAUUUAUUUAACCCUAUCUCAAGCCGCUAUUACGGGUAUAUGCAGUCGCCUCGGGGCCAUUGAAGCAAACAUCCAGCAGCUGCGUCAGAUGGACAGAGGACCGCCCGUGUCAGUGUUGCCAACAACCUCCCUCCCGUUGGCCUUGGAACGCAUGUCGGACUUCGACAUAUUUGAAGAAAAUAUCCUGAGGGACGACUAUCGGCAGGAAAUGGUAAUAUCUCUGAUUUGAUUUACUUUCACUUUCAGAUGGCCUUCCUACAAACGGUGGGCGGCAACACGGUCCGUGAGUUUGUCAAACGACAGUUGAGGUCGUUAUUUGCCAAUUCCCUCUUACCCGGAUUCGACUUGAACGGGAGAUAUUCGAAACGCAACUUCCGCCAGACCAACACUCUCAAGAUGCCUUAAGGUAGGCACAAGAAGGUAUGAGGAUUCGACAUAGAAAAGACUACCGCAUGGACGGAAACCUCAGAGGAAAUCACGGAGAAUAUGACAAGGCAUGAUAUUAAUCCGCCGCAGAAGAGCAGAAAGCAGACGAUCACCGCCCCCCCCCCUAAUGUUACCGGGAAGAAGCAAGGAAUUUAUAAUAAGACUUAGACCGUUCACAUGCUACUGAGGUCAAAUCAAAGGAAGCAGUUUAAUCAAAAGGGACUGAUGACUGAACAAGGAGAGACGGAAAUCGGACGACUCCGGAGUACUCAAAGAAAAAAACUUCCUAGGGAUGAAAAGCAGAGCUCAUCUGAGCAAUUAACAGAAACCUCCAGCGCCUGCGUAGACAAAGACCAGGCAGAUGCGAAUAUCCUCGUUAUUGACAUAAAAGACAGGAGCAGUAUUGCCACAAACACGAUGCCAUUAGUUGCAGAAAAGAUCCCUGGAUUGGAUGGCAACCAGAAUCUCGUCACGAAUGGUUCGCCAGGAACUCCCAAUUCACCAACAUCACGCAACCAAGACCGGCCGCUCCGAGAACAGUGCCUAGUAAUACAGGGACUUCAGGAGCCUCACCCAGAUACACCUAAAGGACGCGUAUUAGCUGAUCUCGCCUUGUUCCAAGAUCCUUUUAAUGCAAUGCUUCAACCCAACGAAGAACUUUCAGUGUUGAAAGCCUUCAAACUCGGAAAGCGCUCUACGGAACCCGCUAUUCCAUCGCAUCCUAGGCCCCUUAAAAUUGUUCUGAGUUGCAAAGAGCAGGUUGAUCUUAUCCUCUCAAGACGUUUUAUGCUAAAAUAUUCUCACCAAGGAGUUUUUUCAGCCGGAUUACACACCACCGGAGCGGAUAAAACGCCGUCAGUUAGUUCAGGAGCCAAGGCUGCGACAAAUAAAUGGCGAACAAGGCCUGGUUAUCUACAACAACUGCAUAAUCGAGCGACCGACCGAAAACGAGACCAGAAACCAAAUCCAACCAGACCCAGGGCCAUUAACGACUAGCACUCGUGCUGAAAAGCCACCACCGCAUAAAUUACGACCCCAGCGGUGAUUGCGAGUACUGUUAUUUACUGAGCGCAUACGGUCCCUCGGCUGCCACGUGCUAUAAAUGCUGCAAUCCUUGCGCCGCCGUUAUCCUUAUCUGCGACUGUAUCUGAUGGAUUCGAGCGAGAAUCCGAAAAGUCAAGCUGAUGCAUUUCUUGUUUCAGUGAUCACACCUUCCUCUUCUGAGCCGCUACCUGGAACUCGCCUGUUUGUUUCUAUCAGCGAACUUUUAACCCUAAGUGGGGGACGCUGCAUUUCCUUCAAAGAAUACGAUAGCAAACGUUCUAUACAAAUAGGACAAAGGUAAGUAAUUGAACAGAAUUGUAAUAAAACGAAGACCUCUCCAUUAUCGGUUGUUGCAGCUUGAAUGCGUAUGUGUAAAUUCCAGAAGGUUCCAAGUUAAAGUUAGUAAAUGGAGCUUGUUGCUGGGACAAAUGCAUUCCGGCACGAUACGACCGAGACAUACAAAUGUUUCGUGGGGAUAGACUAAAAAGUAGAUGAGAUGGAGCCGACAAAGACAAGGGGGACCGGAAUGGCCAUUUCUGGCUGAUUAGCCGUCAUCAGCCAGUUAUACCCAACCUGCGAGGGUUCUAGUAUGAGCCCCAAGGCACAACGGAACGAGCCUGUUCCGUAACCUGAUCAGUGAGCGCCCAUUAUCAUAAAGACUAAAAAGUAUUGAGACUCAUGAGGGCAAUUAAUGAAGCAAUGGCAGUAUGUGGCCUCAAAUUAUCGCUGAAUACUUCACGGUUUUCAAUGUUUUCUAGCGAAUUCGCAUAGAGGCAUAUCAAAUGUUUAUUGUAUCCUUUAAACUAAAGUACCCCCUAGAGGCAUUUACCGAUGUAGUGAGCGUUUGGACGAUCUUUUUCUAUAAAUGGUCGUCUAGGUCAUAUUUGGACACCCACCUAAACGCGAAAGCUCUUUGUCAAAAAAGUAAACGUUUACAGAACCAGGUAACAAUUAAAAUGUUUUCCAUCAAUUUGAGAACUUCUUAUACUUUACCUAUAUAAGAGGGCUCAGUUGUUGUAUUCUGUUGACGGGUGUCCGUGUACUUUAUAUUCAUGUAUGGUGAAGCCUUCGCUAUUUCCUUCCAGUUGCUGAUGCUUUUCCUGCUGUAAACAGAAUAAAAUGCCGGAUUUGUAGGGAAGACGUAGAUAAAUAAGCCUCUUAUGGUAUAUCCCUUAUGCAGUCAUCUAUGGCUUUGUAUAGCGAAGGCCGUUUGACGGUUUCAAGAAUAUAUUUGGGAGCAGUGCACAAUCUUUCAGAAGCCAAACAGCCAUCUUUCUAAGUUGGCCGCCGGUUUACAAAGCGCGUGCCCUUCAAGUAACCUCUAGAGGGGCUUCAAAUAGCCGUUAUCACAACUAAUUUCAAGCAGUGUUAUCUACUGCAGAUGAUGGAGAGCACUUGCAGGCAAACCUAAACCGACUCCAACAGUGGUCAAAGGACUGCCUUCUGCCGUUCAAUGAGAACAAGUGCAAUAUUCUUCGUGUCGGCAGAGCCCGCUCUCCGAACCACAUGGCUAACUGCCUAAAUGGUAUACCACUGCAAGAAGCGGACUCACAGAAGGACAUGGGAGUAUGGAUUAAGACCUCGCUCAAUCUCUCGGUGCACUGCACGAAGGUAGCCAAGUCUGAAAUGUUAGUCCUCCACCUUUUCAAGCGGGCUUUCUCCGCUUUUGAUGAAGACUGCUUCGCUAAAGUCUUCCGAACGUUUGUGCGGCCGCAAAUGGAAUUUUCUAUCCAAGCUUGGAGACCCUGGACCGCGAAGGACCUCAGCAUCCUUGAAAGGGUUCAAAGGCAUGCAACGAGACUUGUUACUGGACAAGGUUCACUGCCAUAUGCAACGCGGUUAGCUAACCUUGAUCUAAGUUCCGCAAAUAUUCCCAUGUUACACUUGAAAAGUCAAUUUGGCAAACACGCGUUUUCAGUAAUUCUUCGUCAGGCCAAUAAAAUUACAGGAAGGAAUGAAAGUGUACAAAAUCAACAAUGUUUAUAGAUGUCUCAAGGGCUAUUAAUUCAUUAACACUCAUCAUUCCCACGCCGCCCGCAUGACAAGGUCGGCGGGUGUUGAUCCUCAGAGCUAUGGGAGGGGGGCAAGAGGUGAGACCCGAUCGAUUUCGAGUUCUAUUCUCGCACAUUUAAUCGAUACGAAUCCCCGAGUAGAUGCCAAGGUAGCAUUUCACGUUGUCUACCGGACACCAACAUGCUUCUCUAAAGAUCUACGCCAACGGAUAUUAGCAACGGCCGAGGCAGUAGCUAUACGGUUAGCAAAUCCGGUGUUAUGCUGUCAGAAAACCCCGACACAAGCGCUCUCUCUGCCGUGGCCAACACCAACCCCAAGUGAUGAAGCCUUGCCGCCUCAAAUCCCUAAUUACGGUGAUAGGUACCCCUUGUACUCAAUUCGAGAGCAUCACUCCAGGACUCUCUUACCCCCCUCCCCUAGCUCUGAGGACCAACACCCGCCGACCUUGUCAUGCGGGCGGCAUGGUGAUGAUGAGUGUUAAUGACUUAAUAGCCCUUGAGGCAUCUAUAAACACUGUUGAUUUUGUACACUUUCAUUCCUUCCUGUAAUUUUAUUGGCCUGACGAAGAAUUACCGAAAACGCGUGUUUGCCAACUUAACCUUGAUCUCUUUCCCUUGAGUUACAGGCAGUUACGGGGUGACCUAAUGCAAACGUUCCGUAUCAUAUGUGGUCAGGACUGCAGCCUGCUACCGGGAGACUUCUUCGAGUUAGCAACCAGCACAAACUUACGGGGUCAUCCAUUCAAACUACGUGUGACCGAGGCCAGGCUGGACACCCGAAAGUUCAUCUUCUCUAACAGAGUGCUAGAAGCUUAGAACGCCCUGCCUGAGGCUGUUGUUAUGUCCGCUUCUGUCGAGGUCUUUAAGAUAAAGCUGGAUAUGUAUAGCAGUGUCCACCAAAUAACUACUUGACCUCUAUAACGUUGACAAAUCCCGUUGUCAUAAUACUACUUGCUACAUUUCAGCAACAUUUUAAAUUGAAUUAUUAAUUGUCUCCAACCUACGCCGUACGCUUUCUGACAUGCACCUAUGCAACUUUUGUCACCGGGUAUAUUAUUUAUCUCCCUGCACUCGAAACAACCGCUGCACGACUGCACGUACCACUUACAUUCGAGGGAGUUUGUUUAUCUGUUCAGAGUUGUCGCUAUUCCGAUUAUUUUUUACCUUUAUGAAACCUUUUCCAGUUUUUGAGAUUUUGCAGUUGCUUGUAAACAAGUAGGGAGUUCAAAGGUGAAAACCUACAUUUCCCUCAAUAAAACUGAACUGAACUGAAUCUCUUUUAAAAAAUAUUUCGACUGAUGAAGACUAGUAAUGUUGUUGGCAAUAAGAGAAAAUGUUUCUGGCAUGUUUGUUAAAAUGUUAUCAACAUAUCAAGUUGAAUUGGUGGAUCAGGGGUCACAACCCAUGGAACCCCGCUCCCAUCCAACCGCCUACAUACUCACUAAUCAGCAAUCCCACCAGUCUCCCUUGUUUUUGUCGGUAAUGCCAUUCCGCCUAAAUCCUACUACCACCAUCCCCUUCUCCUCCUCCACCUCCUCCCCUUGUCCUCCUCUUUCUUCUUCUUCUUCCUCUUCUUCUUCUUCUUCUUCUUCUUCUUCUUCUCCACUUCCUCCAACAGCGGAGCAUACUGCAAGCGUGCCCCCUGAAAACCUCCUGAAAAAUUGUAAUGUGCUGAUUUCUUUUUCUGAUUGUAAUUUUCGCCUGACAACGGGUUGGUAGCAGUAACUGGCAAAUUUGCAUGAACAAAUUUAUUUAUUGACGGAAUAACGCACGUUUUGGUCUAACCCUAAGAGUCAUGUCCCGAACACUUAGCUCCAGGCUCUGUAUUUCAUGAUUUCUGAAAUUGUUUGCUUGCAUAUUCUCUUGGGUUCAUGUACCAAAGACGACGAAAGAUACGCUAGGUUACCUUCUAAGGAGCUGAAUAUCUCGCUCCUGCGUGUCGCAGCAGCAGAAACCUAUCGCGGAAUCUGAGGUGAAAAUUCGAAAAACAACUGUGUUGAAUUUCAAUAAAAUUUAGUUGUAGAAAUGCAUUGCGAUCUACAUUUUCCUCAACAUUUAUUUGUCAGAGAAGGAAAUUCCAAAAAUAACGCUACUCAGAGAGCUAAAUUUAUUCGUGGACGCUAGCGUAUCAAAUAGUUGUAUCUCUAAUUUGAUGCUGCAUAACGGGCAUAAGUCUAUCCCAUUUGCGAUUACGACGGCGUUACCUACAAGGAAGGCACCUGCUGUCCGCGAAAUGGAUAAUAGCUUUGAGUGCCUGCCCGUAAUGCAAGUGCUUUAGCAAAAAGUGAGGGAAGGUGCAUUAUCUCGACCCAAUGAAACAGUCGUUUUGCUCAAAAGUCAGGUAGGUGUAUGGCUUGUAUCCGAGGUAAACCUAAUAGUGUACAACACACGCUACUGCACUUAUUUAAGUAGGUGUUGUUCAAUUACGUUUUUCGCAUGUGCCACUCAGGGUUUGUAUAUGGCUUGCUCUACGUGUUUCAUCGGCCUGUGCCACUGACCUUGCUACCAACCGUCCCGAGAACUUGACGUUUCAGAGGUGUCCAUAUAGACUUAUUAUUGUGCUUAUCGGACUUAUCAAUGUCUCUUCUGCUUCACGGAGUACAUCUUCGCGAUGUUUGAAAGGUGGGCUUUCUGUGACUGUUUUGGGCCAGUAGUGUUUAGUCCAAACCGUAGAUGAUAUUCCAUCUCGUCAAUUUUUAGCCCAGGCAGCUCGGCCUGAUAUAGGACUUCCAUGUAAUUUUCUUUUCAAGCGGUUCCAGUACGUCUGUGUCUUAGAGUUUGUUUUGGUGGACGUCUGUGAUUAAACUCGAGUCGUCCGACGGGGUCUCGUAGCUCAAGUGGUUAGAGCGUUGGCUGUACUAAAGCCUUCUCCUUACUGUGUGGGUUCGAAUCCCACCGAGGCGCCGAGUUUUUCACAGUUGGGUCAAUAUGAAUUAAGAAGGGUUUAUUUAUAGUUUGCCACUACUUCUUACUGUCGGAACUAUCGCCUUCCUAUGGAUAUUGAUGUUUACAUCUACAUGGACAGACUGACUUUCUGUGCUUCAAUAUUUCACUUGUGAUUUCGUUUACUUUCGGGAAUCUACGUUGUGUACCAUGACUUAUUUCCAGUUAAUACGCCUACAUAUCUCUACUUAAGUCAUGCCUCUUUGUAAACACUAGACUUGACUUUCCUUUUUAUUCUUUCCUUCUAUCAUUUAGCUUACCUUUUUAGAGUUCUUCUUGUUCAUAGUUUUGCAUUUUUUGUAAAUUCUUGUUCGUUAAUGUGUCUCCUGGUUUAGCUUGCAAUCUGCGCCAUUUGCACGUCGCUUACCACCUGCAGCCAAAUACCAUUGACAGUUAUUUUUUUUGGAACCUUAACUCCAGUUGUUUAGUUGACUGCGGCUUAUUCAUUCGCCUCAAUUUCCCUGAAAACCGUUUAUGGCCAUUUUUCUGAAUUUGUGCGCUCAGUUACCAUUUGCCUUCUAAGCGCAUUAGGAAGUUUUCGAUGAACUUUUAUUCUCUACCUUUCCCAUCUCCAUUUCCGUGCGUCCCAUGGUUCUACCUGCACAACCCCUCUUACCACCAUCAUAUUAGUCAGUCUGCUCUGGUAACCUGUUAUCGACCCCGGGUACGAACCAUGCCCUCGCCAAAAGUUGCUCCCAUCAUAUGAGUGUCUUCAGCAUCAUCAUGGCUUGUGCCAGUGACAGUUAAUAAUUUCCGAACAAGAAGAAUACGCAUUCGCAUUAGUUGCCCACAUACUAAAGAUAGCUCGGGCGCUGGGGAUUACUGGAUUUUUAGUUGAAUAUUACUCACGAAGUCAUUGUUUCCCUAUACGGUUUCAGACUAACACGCGGAAAAUGACUCAACUUCGAGCGAUCAUAUCGAUUUAGGGGCAUUGUCAACAACAGUAUAUUCCUUUUUGGCGUUCCCUUUUACCUGUUUCUAUGACGCCGCGUAGGUGUCUACAGUUUUGACCCCGUAGACGUUAAAAUGCGGCUAGUCGCGAUUGCCCUGCUCCCACGUCUUGCUGACGGACGUACUGAUGCAUAGACUUCGUUAAUUUUAACCGACCUGCAAUUCUUAGCUGCGCACAAUUGUUGCUACCACUGGCCAAUCUUUUAUGCGGCAACAGCCGUGAGUUUUUUCUUUCUAACACAUGCAUAGACGAUUCUAUGUCAGAGGGGCCCUUUUCAUUACGAUUGCCAUUCCCAUCAUCCCACUGAUUUCCGCUCCCAAUUGCUGCUGUUACCUCCAAUUGGGUCAGAGAGCCAAAAUCUGACGGCAUAACAAAGUCCCAGGUUGCAGCAUCCUUGCAGCUGACGGACGUUUUGCGCAUGCCUACAUAAAUCUAAUAAGUUUUUCGACAAAAUCUAAUGGUUAUAAUUAUUUGCUAACAGCAACUGAGCGAUAUGCGUGAUGGCCCAUCGCAAUUCCCAUUGUAAAUAUAGUUGUGGAUACUGUCGUUUGUGUCUUUUUUAAACACUGCAUCUCCCAUUUGAGUGUCCGCUCAACUAAUACAAUUGAACUAGGUCAGCACUUAGAUGAUAGGCCUUUUAAUUGCCUCACUGAACUCUUUGGAUGGUUUCGCAAACGUACGACAGGCUACCAUGCCUCGUCAAACUGCCCAUUCCAGCGUUUACAGCUUUAACUUAAUCCCUGGCUCCGGGUCCAUUGAAGUCCACUCAUUAGAGGCACCACCUACCCACGGUCAUGCUCGAUAUCCAUACCGUCCACAAACCCGACUCGCAGUGUUGCGCUGUCGAAAUUGUUCAUGAAAAAACCUUACGGAUCCUGAGCAGUUUUUGCAGGCCGCGUCAAAUCGUAGGCCACCUGUAUGUUACUGAUCAUAUCUAAAGGCUGAUUCGCAGUCCACGCAUUCACACGCUCUGGCAAGAAAGCCUUACGUAGACCCUAACUUGCUUGUGUUUUCUUUUUUCUGUUUAUCCUCAUAGGUGGUGUUCGUAG